UUGCAUAUUUCAUUAAUUUACUUUAAGCUUCAUUAUCUUUUUCAGACUCAGAAACCACUAAACAAAGCAUAUUCAUGGCCCCUCCCUUCUUCUAGUUAUUUAGGCAAGUAUUCUAAGGCUGCCGUCACUUGUGAUAACGGAUUGUGCAGUGAAAUUGGAAGAAAUAUCUUGAUAAAAGGUGGGAAUGCAGUGGACGCAGCUAUAGCUUCAAUGUUUUGCUUAGGAGUUACCAAUCCGCAAAGUAGCGGUAUCGGUGGUGGCUUCAUUAUGACACUUUAUAAUAGAACAACACAAAAAUGUACAGUCGUUGAUGCGCGAGAAACAGCUCCUGAAAAUGCUACACGUGAUAUGUUUAUUAACGAUGAAUUUGGUUCUAAAUACGGAUUUCGAGCGAUAGCCACUCCAGGUGAAGUGGCCGGAUAUUGGCUUGCUUUCAAUCGUUUUGGAAGUGGUAAGAUUUUGUGGUAUGAUCUGAUCAAGCCAUCGAUUGAUCUGUGUCGUGAUGGAGUCCCAGUAUCAGAAUAUCUCGCUUAUGUGCUUCAAGUUAAAGAACAACACUUCAGAACAUUACCUUCUAUGCAAAGCUGGAUAAGCAAUGAAACUGGUAAAGUAUUUGUUGCUGGAGAUAUUAUCAAACGAUUAGAAUUAGGUGAUACUUUGGAAAAACUCGCGCUCAGUCCCAAUCCCGAAGAACUUUUUUACCGCGGUGAAAUUGCUAAAAGUCUGGUCAAAGAAAUACAAGAAUAUGGUGGAAUCAUAACUGAAAAUGAUUUUGCGCACUUCAAACCCAAAAUCUAUGAAAAUCCAUUAAUAAAUGAUCAUUUCUCGGGCACUCUUGCCAUGUGUGGCCCACCACCUCCUUCAUCCUUCGCCGUUACACAACUGAUCAUAUCCCUGAUGGCUCGUAAGUUCAAAUCAGUGUUAAAAACUGAUGCACUCUUUUAUCAUCGACUAAUCGAAGCUCAAAAGUUUGCUUUUGCUCAGAGGACGCUCUUAGGUGAUGAAAUUUACGUGAAGGAAGCUGGAGUGAUUGCCAGAAAUAUGACAACAAAAGAAUAUACAGAUUGGGUAUUUUCUAGAAUGAAGGAAGUGGCUCAGCCAACGGAAUAUUAUGGUGGAAUUAAAAAACAACUGGAUGAUCACGGAACAUCUCACGUUUCAGUUUUGGAUUCUCUCGGUAACGGAGUAUCAAGCACAAGUACCGUGAAUCGAUGGUUUGGCGCAGUAGUACAAUCUGUUAAAUUAGGCGUUGUAUUUAACGAUGAGAUGGAUGAUUUUUCUACGCCAGGUAUGAAUAAUGGUUUUGGAUUUGCACCAUCAGAAAGUAACUUCAUUGAACCUGGCAAGAAACCAAUGAGUAGUAUGAGUCCAAUGAUCGUCUACAAUAUUGUUAUGGUGGUUGGAGCAUCAGGUGGCUCAAAAAUUAUCUCAGCAUUAGCUAAACCCGUGAUUAGGACAUUAUUUUUUGAUGAGACAAUCAAAGAAGCAAUCGACGCUCCAACUCUGCACAAUCAGUUCACUCCAGAUAUCACGCAGUUUGAAGAAGCAGCAUUGAUGAACGACUUGACUAAAUUAGGACAAAAGUUUAAAAUCACAACAGGUUUUGAAGGUAUUGCUCAGGGUAUUAUUGUUGGCAAAGAUGGUUACAUUUACGCAAAUGGGGAUUACAGACGAAAAACAGAUAUGCAUCCCGGUGGAUAUUGA